AUGCCAAAACCAAAGUCAAAAUCGAAACGCCAAAAACUUUCUUCGGAAAAUAAUAAUAAAAACGACAGGAUCAGUGAUCUACCGGAAUGUCUUCUCAUCCACAUCCUUUCUUUCCUUCCAACCCAAACAGCAAUGGCCACUAGUAUUUUGUCGAGGAGAUGGAAGCAUGUUUGGACUCACGUCCCAAUACUCGACAUCGAAAGUGAAAAUCUUGACUCCGUUCAAAGUGUUUUCGAUCAACACAAAGCACCGUACCUCCAGUGUUGUUCCCUCACAUACAAAUUCUGUAGUUGCUGUUAUAGACUUGUUCAGAGAUGGAUAAACAACCUCGCUUCGCGUAAUGUCGAGCAACUCAAUCUCGAGAUGCAUACUGAUGGUCACAAAAGUCACGAAAGUUAUUUGGAGUUGCCUCAUCGAGUUUUCACUUGCAGUACAUUAGUUUUUCUGAGUUUAAGCGGAGUCAGGAUUGAUCCUCCUUCAUCGUUUCAACUGCCAUGCCUAAAGAAACUUGAUCUGUACCAAGUUUUUUAUGAAUCUGACCCUUUUGUUAGACUUCUCUCUGGUUGCCCUGUUCUUGAAGAUUUGUCAUUUGAUAGAGAUUUUUCUGAUAGUAUUUCCAUUUAUAAAAUCUGUGUACCUACUCUCAAACGUUUAAGUAUACUUCACCAUGAAAUUCUUUUUGAUGAUUAUGCUGAUAUGGGGGGAUUAGAAGAUUCUGAAGUUCAUUACGUAGUGGAGAUCAACGCCCCAGCUCUUGAGUACUUUACGUUUGAUGGUCAUUUGGGCGACUUCGUUUUCCUUGAAAAACUAGACAACUUAAUUCGGGCGAAGGUUAACAUUUGUACAUUUGAACCUAAAGACCAUGAGGAGGAGGAAUGUUAUGUAGAUAGGAUAUUCAAACUUCUUGCAGCACUCUACAAUGUCAAGUUCCUAUCAAUUUUUACUGGUCACUCAGAGUGUCUCAGCAAUGGUUCUACUUAUCCUUCCCAAUUCCAAAAUUUGCUCAGAUUAGACUUUAAGGCGAAUACGUGGAACUGGCAUGUGCUGCAAGACUUGUUAAAAAAUUCUCCUAAUCUAGAAGUUCUUGAUGUUACUAAUACGAGUACCGGUUCCCUUUCAGGCUGGAAGAAGUCACCAAAUGAUCCUCUUUUUCUGUCAUCGCACCUCACAACCUUUUAUCUUCGUGAAGUUAAAGGAUUGGAACAUGAAAUGGAAUUUGUAAAAUAUAUUCUAAAGGAGGCAGGAGUCUUGAAGUCAGCAAAAAUUAGAGUUGGAAAUAUUAAGCUAAAGGAAAUUGUUCGUGAGAAACUAUCAAAGAUCCCAAGGCGCUCAAUGACAUGUCUUCUUACAGUUAAAUGA